AUGGAAACGAGGCCCAGCAGCAGUCUUAGCAGCCCAGAGGAGUCCUGUGAAGCUCUUCCCCAAGGAUUGCUAGUGUUCACCGGUUCUUCGGAUCGCGAUGCCAACUUGGCCAAGCAGUUCUGGAUCGGGGCGUCAAUGUACCCCACCAACGAAUCUCAGCUGGUGCUGUCCAGAGGUAGCAGCCAGCGUCUGCCGGUGGCGCGUCCUUCCAGGAGCAAUGCACCGGAGAAAAAAACUUACUUCCAGCCUUUUUUCCUUGAGGAAAGCAAGAGUAGAGAUGUCACUGCUGAAACCCUAAAGAUUCAAGAAUCUGAGGAGAAAAAAAAGUAUCUCCAAAAGGCUAAAAAGAGAGAUGAAAUUAUCCAACUCUUAAGAAAACAAAGAGAAGAAAGGAUCUCGAAGGAACUGAUCUCCCUUCCACAUAAACCAAAAGGCAAAGUACACAAAGCAAAGAAAGUGAUUUCAGAGUCAGAUAAAGAAGACCAGGAAGAAGUCAAAGGCUUGGAUUAA